CUUUAACAAUGUUAACAUUACAGUGAUGUAUGAUAUUGGUUCAUGUUAAACAACAUUAACAUUGUUUUUCCUUCUUGCAGACAGAGGAAUAAUGGACACGGAAGGCAGUUGGAGAGAUGAGUUAAUGAGUAACACAUCAACUCUUCAGCAUGUAAUUCCUAGCAGUGAGAGUGGUAACCACAGCAACUUCCAUUGCAGUCACUGUGGAAAAAAAUACCUGCAUAAGAAAACGCUGCGACGCCACAUGCUUUAUGACUGUGGAACAAGACCUAGAUUUUCUUGUUCCAUGUGUGGUUUGAGAGUUCGCCGGAGAUAUACACUCACAAGGCAUCUAGUGGCAGUGCAUUGUGUUCAGAGACAUGAAGCUGAGUGUAGCGUGCCAUCAGUGUUCCGUAGGAAGAGGAAGCUAACUCACUUUCUGUGAGACGAAGUUAUGUUACCGGAUUCAUAGUCAGUGUUACUGUCAGUUACUUGUCAUUCAUGUAUAUUGGAUCAGUGGACAUGGAGGACAGUUGGAGAGAUGAGUUAACAGGCGAUAUGAUGCCACUUUGGCUUGAAAUGCCAAAUGAUGGCGAUGGUGGUGAUUCCAGCAAUUUCCCGUGCAAUCGCUGUGGGAAACAGUACCUGCGCAAAAGAACUCUUCAGCGUCAUAUGCGAUAUGACUGUGGAACUGAACCAAAAUUUUCUUGUUCUAUGUGUGGACUGAAAGUUCGCCGGAGGUACACUCUCACAAGCCAUUUGGCAGCGGUGCAUGGUAUUGAGAGAAAUCAGGCAGAGUACAGUGUACCAUUACUGUUCGGUCAGGAGAGGGAGCCAGCACUCCACUAACUCAGUUUCUGAGACCCCGAAACUGGUAUCAUUACUAAAAUCCAUAAUGAUCAUUAUUGUACAGAUCUCUUCAAGUAGACAAGAGACAUAAUUACAUCUUAUAUUCGCUGUUUAUCCUGAUAAUUGUAUGACACCCAUAAAUAUAUAAUUUGUGAGCAAAAUGGUAAGUUUACUUAUGUUAAAGUACAUGGUACAUAUAGCAGUCACAAUGCUUUAAACCUUAUAAGCAUGAAAUUCGUCAAGAUCAUAUUUACUCGUAAGAAUUCAGUUCCCACCUCAUAAGAAAUUCCACUGCUUGUGUACCUCCAUUAUAGAGACAAUUGUUAAUGCAGUUUAGGGAAAUAAUUGUUUCUUAUUCCAAGAAUCAUAUGUGAGCCAUAAACACGCAUGAAGGGCAUAGUAUAGUGGUGCUCAUGUUUUAUCGUCCUAAGUUAUUAACUCAAAAUUCUCAACACUUUCUGCUUCAUAUGUGUGCUAAGCUGCCUCUUCUCACCUUCUCUGUUCAAGUAAGACUGUUACAUUUUAUAGGCACAGUCUAGAAUAGGGUGGAGUCUUGAUGUUUCUAUGGAAUGAGAGAUCCCUCCCACUCAGCUGCCAUGACAGUGUAAUAUCCACUAUGAGUUAAAGGAUUAAAUUAUGAGUUUUUGAACUUAGUUUUUCAGUGUAAUAUUAUUGAGUAGUAAUGCUGCUAUAACUCCAUCAUCUUUUCUUUCUUGAUAUUUUUACCCGUUCUCAGUUUUUAUACUCAGUAACUGUAGAUUAUUUCAGUUCUCUAAAAUCAAGCUUAUUUUUAUUGCAACACCAAACUUUAAAUGCUUCAUGGGUGACUUACCCUUGAACUGAAUUUAAUAUUCCACAGUAACAUCACUUACCUGGUGCUUCAUGGAACAGUCCUAUUAUAUGAGCCUCACAACUUAAUAAACUAAAUAAGAAAGAAUAGCCUUGUCUGUGAGGUUAAGUUGUUGCAAGGAAACCUGCUUGCAGAAAGGUUAAUAUUUAUGAUGUUUUGAGAAUUGUCUUGGUCACAUCUUUGGGUAAUUGAUUGUGAUUGUACUAACAGAUAUUUUUAUUUGUUUCUAUUAGUCAAAGUGUUCAGGUUCAUUAAAUAUAGCUGUACAUCCUAAAACAUAAACUUACAGAAGUAUAAUACUGAACCUGUGUUCACAGCAAUUGCCAUGGAAAUCAUAUUUACCGUUUCAGACUUUGAAAAUAUGUCAUACUUCCAGCAGGCAACCUUACAGAAGAAACAUCAUGUGUGUUCAACAAAAUCUCUGCUAUAGCAAUUUCAUUUUUCAUCAUAUGUUGAAAAUAGGAUUAGUAACUGAUGACACAAUUAUCUCCAUCACUAUUUCAUAAUGACACAUUCUCAAAGAUGUUUCAGACACAGAAUAUUCUGUGAGAGGUAUGAAAUUUGGGCACUAACAUUAUUUAAUAACCUGUAGGUGAUGUUUUUCUACACAUGAGAAAUAUCUGCCCCUCUCCGCAAAGGGAGGUUAUGUAAAUUGUUAAAUGAUGUAAAUGUGUAAGUGUAGUAAUAAGGAGAAGACAUGUGAUAAAUGGUACAUGUCAUGUAAAACAUGUUAUGUCAAUAAAGGAACAAAUGUGAAUACUGUGUACCAUAAACAUCCAGAUGGAAUGGAAGAUGAUGUUGGAUUUCAUAAUUUUCAUUUUUUAUUCUUGUGAAUGUGACUUCUAAUCACAGUGUAAAGGUCUAGUUCCAAUGCAGCUAGGUGCUGUCUUUUACCUUUCUGGUCUCCAUCUGCUUCAAGGCUGAAAGGACCUAUCACUGAGGCAGGCGUGGUCAGAGAGUGAAAUUCCAUGUGUGACCUUGGUUUACAUUUAAGGUUUCCGUUGAACCUAGACCUAUGGCAACCACAGUUCUGUUGUUUUGUUUUUUUAACUUCCAAUGUACUGGUUCUGUUUACACCAGCUGAUACUGGUAUUUCUAUUGAAUAUAUUCAUGCCAUACUUAAUGUACCUGGGGGCACGUAGUAGUGUAGUUGGCUGAGACACUAUGUUACAAGCCAGAAGGUCAUAAGUUCGA